AUGGGCAGUUUUGUUCACGAUAUCAUAAUAAAGCAUUGCAUCGUAAAUAACCUAAUCACUAAAGACCAGCAUGGUUGUGCCACUAAUUUAUUAGAAACAAGAGACAUAUUAACAAAUGCAAUUUCCGAAUGUUAUGCCAUAGACCUUAUCUAUACUGACUUUGCAAAGGCGUUUGACAAAGUAUCACACAAGCGGCUACUUCAUAAGCUUAAAUCAUACUGUGUAUGUAGAACUCUACUCGAGUGGAUAGAUAACUGGCAGGCAAACCGACAACAAAGAGUAACAAUCGGUAAUCAUAAAUCAGAUUGGAAGAAAGUCACAAGUGAUGUUCCACAGGGUUGA